AUGGCUCCGAGUCGCACAACCAAGAGAAGACGCGUCACUCCUCCUGCCGAUGAGGGCAGUGGCUCGCAAGCCAAGAAGGACUUCUACAGCAACGCCGCCGAAUGGGACAUUGAACAGGAUUAUGAGCGCCGCCCGCGCAAGAUGGGCAAAAAAGACAAGGAGCGAACGCGGUUACCGAUCAAAACGGCUGAAGGCUUCCAGAAUGUCGAGGAGGCUGAGCCCGAGGCUGCUGAAGAGUCCGACAGCUUCCUGGGCACCGAUGACGACGACGACGACGAGCUACCGGAUGCCGACGAAGGGAUCGAAGACGAAGAAUCCGUGGAGGAGAAGCCCAAGAUUUCCUUGAAAAUACAGAUUCUCCAGGCAAAGGAAGAAAUCGCAAAGGCUGCCACGUUGAUCAACGAGGACCCCGAGGAGCAUCUCAACUCGUUCAAGACGAUGUCGGAAAUGGUGGAGAAGGGUUCGCAUGUUGCGAUCAAGAAACUGGCUCUGGCCGCACAGGCAGCCAUCUAUAAGGACGUCAUCCCCGGGUACCGGAUCCGCCCUCUCAGCGAAGAGGAGAUGACCGGCAAGAUCUCCAAGGACGUGCGCAAACUCCGUGACUUCGAGCAGACUCUUGUGUCGGGGUACAAGCACUACGUGCACACGCUGUUGGACCUCACCAAGCCAGUCAAAAGAGGCCAGGCCGAGGUGGAUCCCAGCCUGAAAAGUAUUGCCAUAAACUGCACCUGCAACCUGCUCCUUUCCGUGCCGCAUUUCAACUUCCGGACCGAGCUAUUGAAGAUCCUGGUCAACCGCCUUGCGCGGAAGAAGGUCGAUGACGAUUUCAUCAAGUGCCGCGAGACGCUAGAAGAUGUAUUCCACCGAGACGACGACGGGAUUGUUUCCCUCGAAGCCGUGCGCAUGCUGUCGAAGAUGAUGAAAGCCCGGGACUACAAUAUUCACGAAGGCGUUCUGGACACAUUCCUCCACCUACGCUUGCUAGGCGAAUUCGGCUCCAAGGCGUCCCGAGACAGAGUCGAUCGCGGCGAGGACGAAGAGAACAACUUCCGCGGUAAGAAGCCCAAGCAGAAGAAGGAAUUCCGCACCAAGCGCGAUCGCAAGGUAGAAAAGGAGCGGAAGGCCGUGGAGAAGGACAUGAAGCAGGCGGAUGCGUUGGUCUCCCACGAGGAGAGGGACAAAAACCAGGCCGAGACCCUGAAACUGGUGUUUGGAAUCUACUUCCGGAUCUUGAAGCUCCGUAUCCCUAAUCUCAUGGGCCCGGUUCUUGAAGGUCUCGCCAAAUACGCCCACCUGAUCAACCAAGACUUCUUUGGCGACUUGCUCGAAGCCCUGAAGGAACUGAUCGGACAUGCGGACAAGAGCGAAAUGGACGGAGACGACGAAGACGCCGACGUUGACAACACCGAGGACGAGACGACAACGCGAGACGCCCAGCGAGAGGCCCUUCUCUGCACCGUCACAGCCUUUGCCCUCCUGGAAGGACAAGAGGCCAGCAAGGUCGCUGCCACGCUGCAUCUGGACCUGAGUUUCUUCAUCAAACAUCUCUACCGCUGUCUCUACUCUCUCUCCGUCAACCCCGACAUCGAAUUCAACCCCAACAAAUCCCUCCGCCUCCCCGACCCCAACAUGCCCAACUACGGGAACCACCGGUCCCGCAACAAGGUCAACUUCCAGACUCCCACCGUCCUCCUCCUCCGCUGCAUCUCCUCCACUUUACUCUCUCGCGCCCACGGCAUCCCGCCCUCCGUCCGACUCGGCAGCUUCACCAAACGCCUCAUGACCACGUCUCUCCAAGUCCCUGAGAAGUCCGCCAUCGCGACGCUAGCGCUCCUAAACCAAGUCGCGAAGCACCACGCGCGACGGAUCUCGCCGCUCUGGCACAGCGAGGAACGCAAGGGCGACGGCGUAUUCAACCCCUACUCGCAGGAAGUCGAAGCCACGAAUGUAUUUGCCGGAACGGUAUGGGAGGGAGAGCUCCUGCGACAUCACUACUGCCCGCAGGUGCGCGAUGCAGUGGUGGACAUGGAGAAGAUGAUUUCGAAAAAAUAA